AUGCCGGAACUCACUGCGAGGGCAGAGAACUCCUGCAAGCGAUGCUAUCGCAGGAAAAAACGCUGCGACAAGACCUUGCCCCAGUGUCAUGCCUGUAAACGCGCCAAGGUCUCGUGCAGCUUUCUCGACGAGGAGGCGCCGGUAGCAUCUUAUCCAGUUGCCUACGUACGCGACCUAGAGCGCCGAGUCAAAGAGCUGGAGCAGCAGCUCGCGUCUUCGCUGACGCCCCAGGAUUCACAAAACGACCCGGUGUCGCAUCCCUGGGACCAAGAUGCCGUUGAUAUCCCACUAGUCGAUGAGUUUGUGGCCUCCGAACAUGUCGCAAACAACUCGCCGCCUCUUGUGCAGCCUGUGGACAUGGUGAUACCUCCCAGGCAGAAGCCGGACAACCUAUCAGAAGAGCUGCGACUGCUGUCGCUGGAGGCAGCAGCAGAACGCUAUCUCGGAUCCUCUUCAGGGCUUUCGUUUGCCAAACUUACCCAGACGGUUCUUCGCCGGUUGUCGCCAGACCAGGAUGGCUUUGUCUUUGCGGGCGAGAACAGCGAAGACAGCGACGCGCCCCGUCAAGAUCCAGACUGCGACAUGGACCCCGUGUUGAAUAUCAAUCCGAUCUUCUUCGAGAUGAACACUUCACUCACCAGUCCGCUGCCCUUGAAUUCGCUAUUCGGGAACGGGAACCCGCCUGUUGAACUGGAAGACUGCGAGGACGCAGAUGCAAUGGAGCUCGCUUUGCUGGACCCGGGCCAUAUCAGCUACCUCUUGGAAUUCUACUUUGCACACUCGCACACCCUGUAUCCGAUAAUCCGAAAGACCGACGUUGAAGAGGUCCUCUGGAGGAUCUUUGCUGAUCCGCUGGAUCCCCUGGCCCAGUCUCCGCUGUGGCAGUUCAGGGUAUGGAUGAUACUGGCGAUUGGGUCGACGACGUAUUGCUCCGUCUCUUUGAUGGAUGAGAGUGAGCCCGUGCGGUUUUUUAACAAGGCCAUGUUUUACUUUGAGCCGGCAAUGGGGUGCGGCGACUUGGCCGGCCUGGAGGUUCUGAUGCUGCAGGUUUCUUAUUCUUUUUUUAAUAAAAUCGGGCCCAAUACGUGGUUCUUAGUGGGCGUGGCUGCUCGCAUGGCAACGGGGAUGGGGCUGCACACCGACGAAGUAUACCAGACUCUGGCAGUCGACGUCGCUGAGCAGCAGAAGCGGAUAUUCUUCUCUCUGUAUAUGAUGGAUCGGUAUCUCUUCUACCUUUAUCCAUUUGCCGAUGCCGAAGAUAAAAACAUAAACCCCGACGCAAUCACCCCCUCCAGCAAUCUCGAGCCAUCCACCAUGGCCGUCCCACUGCACAUCCUCGCCCUACGCAAGAUCGCCAGCGACAUUGGCAGCCAGAUCCACUCUUCAAAGUACAGCGAGCGCCAGAGCCUCGAAGCAAGAGACCAAACUAUCCAGCAGCUCCACAAACGCCUGGUCGAGUGGCGCCGGAGCAUGCCCUUCCCCUUGCCCGAUCUCCAGUCCAAAGUGCCUCAUCUCUGCACCAGCUGGUUCGACCUGAACUACUACACCCACGUCAUCAUGCUCUACCGGCCCUCGCCUCUAAGCCCAGUGCUAGACGUCUCGAAAAUGAAAAUCCUCGCAGAAGCAUCCGACAUGGCGAUCCGGCAGGCAAUCAACCUCCACCGCCAGCGCCGCUUUGCUUACAACUGGCUCAAUCUCGUGGCUGUCUUCAACUCGACACUGUCUCUUAUGUAUACCUCUACUGCCGCAUUAGCAGACGACAGUCUCUCGUUGGCAAGGGACCAGAGCAGGGCGAUUGCGGGCCUGGAGCUGGCGGUGGAGUUGUUGGAUUCGUUUAGUACGAAGUUUCCUUCUGCGAGGAAGAUCCAGACUAUGAUCCGGACUGUCAUAGCAAGGCUCAAUGUAUAUACCCUGUUUUCGUGGCCAGAGCCGGAGAACUGGCGUGCAGCUGCUGGUGUCUGUCAGCAGUCGUGA